AUGCCGACUGUCAGCGUGGAUAAGGCCCUUCUGUUGGAGGGGCUCGAGCGUAAAUACACGACCGAGGAAUUUGAUGAACUCUGCUUCCAGUUUGGUAUUGAGCUCGAUGAUGACACAACGGAAGAGGUUAAAGGCACCGACGAAAGACCGCAGCUGAAGAUUGAUAUCCCUGCGAACCGGUACGAUCUCCUUUGUUUUGAGGGAAUUCUCCGCGCGUUACGAGUCUUCCUUGGAAAGGAAAAGCCGCCUAAGUAUCAAUUGACGGCGCCGCAGGAGAUGAUUACUGUGCAGGUCGAGCCGGCGACGGCCCAAAUCCGACCGUUCUUUGCUGGUGCUGUUCUUCGGAAUGUCAAGUUCACCCCGGAGCGGUACAACAGCUUCAUUGAUCUUCAAGACAAACUGCACCAGAACCUUGCUAGGCAGCGCACCCUUGUGGCGAUUGGUACGCAUGACCUUGACACUAUUAAGGCGCCGUUUGUCUACAAAGCGCUUCCCCCGGGCGAAUUCAGCUUUGCGCCCCUGAACCGCACAGAAGUGUAUACUGGUAAGGGACUCAUGGAACUCUACGAGAAGGAUCGUCAUCUUGGACGCUACCUUCACAUUAUCCGAGACAGCCCUGUCUACCCGAUCAUCUUUGACAAGAAGGAUCGCGUUCUGUCCAUGCCUCCUAUUAUUAACUCGGAUCACUCGAAAAUUUCGCUAGAGACCAGGAAUGUCUUUAUUGAUACGACGGCCGUGGACCAGACCAAACUUGACAUUGUGAUCAACAUCAUUGUCACAAUGUUCUCUGAGUAUUGUGCUGAGCCAUUCACGGUGGAACCGGUCCGAGUCGUAUACCCUGACGGUCGAGAGGUGAUUACGCCGAACCUUGAGUCGCGCUCUACGAAUCUGCAUGUGUCAUACGUCAACCGUUGCACGGGUGUCAAGCACACGGCCCAGCAAAUGUCGGAGCUUCUGACCCGCAUGGGUCAUGUUGCGACGACGACGCAAGACAGUGAUAUUUUAAAUGUACUUGUCCCGCCUACGCGCCCAGAUAUUCUGCAUGAAUGUGACCUCAUGGAAGACGUAGCGGUGGCAUUCGGGUUCGACAAUCUACCUAAGACGUUCCCGACGACUAACACCGUCGGUGGGCCCCUACCAAUCAAUAAGUUAGGCGAUAUCAUUCGCCGCGAAUGUGCCUAUGCGGGCUGGGUGGAAGUGCUCCCUCUAAUUCUUUGCUCCCACGACGAGAACUUUGCGUGGAUGAAGCGUCAUGACGAUGGCAAGACGGCUAUUGUUCUGGAGAACCCCAAAACAGCUGAAUACCAGAUUGUGCGUACCUCAUUGCUGCCAGGAAUCCUCAAGACCAUCCGCGAAAAUAAAAACCAUGCACUUCCGAUGCAGGCAUUCGAGGUGUCUGAUGUAGCCUUCAAGGAUCCGACGGAAACAGAGCGUAUGGCUCGGAACGAGCGUCACGUUGCGGCCGUAUACUGUAAUAAGGCUGCUGGCUUUGAGGUGAUUCACGGUCUGCUGGAUAAGCUCAUGCUUAUGCUGAACAUUCCCCGCAUUUCACCGGAGGAUCGUGACUCUGCUACUGGAUACUACAUUCGCGAGGCGAACGAACCCUCCUUCUUUCCUGGUCGUGCGGCACACAUUUUUUUGCGUCGACCCUUUUUGCCUGCUGAAGGUCUUGAUUCCAUGAAAGACAUGUCAAAUGCACUGGAACGUGACAUCCAAGUGGGUACACUAGGUGUCUUGCAUCCAGACGUGCUUCAAGCUUUUGAGCUCGCAUUUCCGUGCUCUGCUCUCGAAUUCAAUCUGGAGGCCUUCCUAUAG